UCCAAAUUCCAAUCCUCCGGAUCUCGUAGGCCAAAGAGCAAAAUCAUAGAGGGGGGAACCGACCGACAGACACCUGUGCCGACCCUUCGCCUCUGCCGGCGCGCAUGGCUUCCGCAUCCGCCUCGCCACCGGCGAACGCUCGCUCACCGCAGGCGCUGUCCAAGUCCACUCUCCUGGGGGGCGUUGGGGUUCUGGACGCGGCCGUGUCCCUCCGCCUCCACGCUCUCUUCCUCCCGGUGCCCCGCCUCCUCCUCAAGGCCUUCGAGGUCGCCGGCGACGGGCGCAUCUGGCUCCCCGUCCCCAUCUCCCUGCUGCUGAUCUCCACCACCACCUCGUCCGUGGUCUCCCCUCUCCUCGUCGGCCUCGUCGUGGCCCUGGUGCUCGACCUCGCCUUCGUCGGCCUCGCCAAGCUCAUCGUCCGCCGCCCGCGCCCGGCAUACAACGCCGCGGACAUGUACGUCGCCUUCGCCGUUGACCACUGGUCCUUCCCCAGCGGCCACUCCUCGCGCGCCUUCCUCGUCGCCGCCUUCCUCGCGGACGGGGGCCUCCCUCUCCCUCGCGAGGUGCUGUUCCUCUGGGCGGCCGCGACUUCGGCGUCAAGGGUACUUCUGGGCCGGCACUACAUUCUCGAUGUGGUCGCCGGGGCUUGGCUCGGCGUGCUGGAGGCCUGGCUCAGCAACUUGAUCUUGAGAUUCUUGUGCGGCCGCAGCAGCUUUCUUGUGUGCUAGUUCUUGCAUGUUUUUGGUCACACAAUUGCAUUUUUCCUUGCAAUUGAUUCACGUUUGUGAGCACCCGUGUUCUUGUUAGUGCUUGAACUGAUGAGUAUGCCAUGAAGGAUGUAUUGAAGCCAGUUGCUUUUUUAUGAGCACCCUGCACUUUUAUGAGUACAGUUGCUGGUAGAUGGCGGUUUCUUCA